AUGGUGAAACCAUCAAAUCCAAAACUCAUGGCUCGGGUUCUCGAGGCUGUAACCUACUUGGGCGACGGCAAAGGCUCUGUCACCCGUGAUAUUCUCAAAUUCGUCAAACAAAAGUCCGCAUCUUCUUCCAGAAAUCUUACGAUGCAAGUUCAAAGGGCUUUGAAGCAUGCGGUAACCGCGGGCUUACUCGGCUGCAGAAGUGGUCGAUACAAAAUGCAGCUCGAAUUGAGUAACGUGCCACAUCGACGUCAGCACGAGGAUUCGGAUGAGCACAAAAAUUCUGAAACGAGGGGAGACGAUAUGAGCGACGAACUGCAAAUCGAUGGUACCAAUUUGUCCCGCAAAAUUCAGAGUCGACAAAAACCAAGUCGUAAGAAGCGUCCAGCGCAAAAACCACGGAAGCGCAAUCGAGUUGGAGUUGUAAGGAAAGCAACGAAGCGUCGUGCAGCGACGAUAGAAAAACGAGGUCGCAAAAUGGACAAUCGUACGAGACGUAGAACAAUCAACGGAAACGAUCGAGAAGAAGAUUGGGCUGCGCGAAAACGAAGGAUGAUGUCAAAAGCUAAAUUCUACAUAGACGACGAUGACGAAGAAGAGGACGAAGAAGAGGACAUCCGAGAAAGUAGAAGACUCCCGAAAAUCAAGAGCGUCAAUGAGGACAGAUAUUCGAAUGCGUCUGGUGACAGCAGUGCAGUUGGGAGACACAGAAGUCGGAGAUCCAAACAUCUGGCAAAGGAAAGAAGAAGCCCCCCGAGGAAAGGAAAUGGCGAUACUGAGAGCCAGCGAAAAUCUUCGAGACGUUCAACUUCGAGACGGCGACGCAGUCAGCCGAGACAACGAGAAACUCGGGAACUCCCAGCAGCCGAAGAACCGGUUGAGGAUUGUGGAAGAAUAACGAAUGAGGAGCAAGAAACCGGGGUCGUGGAAAUGGAUGAAGAUCAGGGUGACAUCGAGAGGUCCGGAAUACAACCGGAUAUUCAAGGCAACGAGUGAAUUCUAAGCUGAACGUCAGCCGCACGCAGUAUCGAGAAUUCCAUCAGAGACUUCGAGUUUAUAUUUUUCCGUUUCUAUCUUCGUUAUGUAUUUUAAUAUUCCUUAAACUCAAUCGUCUCGAAUUUGUAAAAAUGUUAAAUUACCAUGUCCACAGUGUUUGUAUCGUGACUUUCAAAUUUUGAAGUUGUUAAGAAUAAUUGUAUCGUCAAAUCCAAUCAGAGUGUAUUUGUGAAAGUGCCCCUGA